ACCAGGACAACUCCUCAUCCAGGGACCGAAAAAAAAGGAAAAACAGGCAGGGAGACGGUGGGGUGGAGUACAGGAAGCUGGUUGAACAUGGGCGAAAUUUAAUCUAAUAUCGACAUAAAUCACAGCUUCCUUUCCCUGCUUGUUUUUACGGACCAGAAUCGGCGGCGAUUUGUGGAUUUUUUUUUUCUGGAUUGGUUUGGAAAUUUAGGCGAACAGCGAGGAGAAGAUGUCUCGGGGAGUGAUCCAGCCCAGCCAGCAGAAACUGGCAGAAAAACUCACCAUCCUCAACGACAGAGGCAUCGGGAUGCUGACCCGUGUUUACAAUAUAAAAAAGCAAGGACAAGUUUGGAAGGCAUGUGGCGAUCCCAAGGCUAAGCCCUCCUAUCUCGUUGAUAAGAACUUGGAAUCUGCGGUUAAAUUUAUCGUCAGGAAGUUCCCUGCAGUGGAAACGCGGAAUAACAAUCUCGCUCAGCUGCAGAAGGAGAAGUCAGAGAUCCUGAAGAACCUGGCUCUCUAUUAUUUUACCUUUGUAGACGUCAUGGAAUUCAAGGAUCAUGUGUGUGAGCUGCUGAACACCAUUGAUGCCUGCCAGGUCUUCUUUGACAUUACGGUGAACUUUGACCUGACUAGAAACUACUUGGAUCUGGUGGUAACAUACACUACUCUGAUGAUAAUACUGUCUCGCAUAGAGGAGAGGAAAGCCAUCAUAGGACUUUACAACUAUGCCCACGAGAUGACACAUGGAGCCAGUGACCGGGAGUACCCCAGGUUGGGCCAGAUGAUUGUGGAUUACGAGAACCCUUUGAAGAAGAUGAUGGAGGAGUUUGUUCCACAUGGAAAGUCCCUGUCAGACGCGUUGGUCAGCCUUCAGAUGGUCUAUCCCAGGAGGAAUCUGUCAGCUGACCAGUGGAGGAACGCCCAGCUACUCUCUCUCAUCUCUGCUCCUUCCACAAUGCUCAAUCCUGCUCAGUCUGACACUAUGCCCUGUGAAUACCUGUCACUGGACACAAUGGAAAAGUGGAUUGUUUUUGGCUUCAUCCUGUGCCACGCGGCGCUCAACAGUGACGCAGCAGCGCUGUCUUUGUGGAAGCUGGCUCUGCAGAGCUCCACCUGUCUCUGUCUGUUCAGAGAUGAAGUCUUCCACAUCCACAAGGCUGCCGAGGACCUGUUUGUGAACAUCAGAGGGUACAACAAACGCAUCAAUGACAUCAGGGAGUGCAAAGAACAGGCUCUGUCUCAUGCAGGCUCCAUGCACAGAGAGAGACGCAAAUUCCUCAGAUCAGCUCUGAAAGAGUUGGCCACUGUUUUAGCUGACCAGCCUGGACUGCUAGGUCCAAAGGCGCUCUUUGUGUUCAUGGCGCUGUCAUUCGCCCGUGAUGAGAUCAUCUGGCUGCUUCGACACGCAGACAACAUCCAGAAGAAAAGCACAGAUGAUUUCAUAGAUAAACACAUAGCAGAGUUGAUCUUCUACAUGGAGGAGCUUCGAGCUCACGUCAGGAAGUAUGGUCCUGUGAUGCAGCGAUACUAUGUCCAGUACCUGUCUGGGUUUGACGCUGUGGUGCUGAAUGAACUGGUUCAGAACCUGUCUGUGUGUCCAGAGGAUGAAUCUAUAAUCAUGUCUUCAUUUGUCAACACAAUGACUUCUCUCAGUGUGAAACAAGUGGAGGAUGGAGAAGUGUUUGACUUCAGAGGCAUGAGACUGGACUGGUUCAGACUGCAGGCCUACACCAGUGUCUCUAAAGCCAGUCUUGGUUUAGCCGAUCACAAGGAGCUCGGUAAAAUGAUGAACACCAUCAUCUUCCACACCAAGAUGGUGGACUCUCUGGUGGAGAUGCUUGUGGAGACAUCAGACCUGUCUAUUUUCUGCUUCUACAGCCGUGCAUUUGAAAAGAUGUUUCAGCAGUGCUUGGAGCUUCCCUCCCAGAGCCGGCACUCCAUCUGCUUCCCUCUGCUUUGUACGCAUUUCAUGUCCUGCACACAUGAACUCUGUCCUGAGGAGCGUCACCACAUAGGGGAUCGAAGCCUGUCAUUGUGCAACAUGUUUUUGGACGAAAUGGCCAAACAGGCCAGAAACCUGAUUACCGACAUCUGCACUGAGCAGUGUACACUAAGUGACCAGCUGCUUCCCAAGCACUGCGCAAAAACCAUCAGCCAAGCCGUGAACAAGAAGAGCAAGAAGGCGACGGGGAAGAAAGGCGAGCCGGAGAGGGAGAAACCGGGCGUGGAGAGCAUGAGGAAGAACAGACUGCUGGUCACCAAUCUGGAUAAACUCCACACAGCCUUAUCUGAACUCUGCUUCUCCAUCAACUAUGUUCCCAACCUGAUUGUGUGGGAGCACACGUUCACACCGAGGGAGUACCUCACUUCGCACCUGGAGAUCAGAUUUACCAAGUCCAUAGUGGGGAUGACCAUGUACAACCAGGCUACUCAGGAGAUAGCCAAGCCCAGCGAGCUGCUGACGAGCGUCCGAGCCUACAUGACGGUGUUGCAGUCCAUAGAGAAUUACGUCACCAUCGACAUCACACGAGUUUUCAACAAUGUCCUCCUGCAGCAGACGCAACACCUGGACAGCCACGGGGAGCCCACCAUCACCAGUUUAUACACAAACUGGUACUUGGAAACGUUGCUGCGCCAGGUCAGUAACGGACACAUCGCCUAUUUCCCCGCCAUGAAGGCCUUCGUCAACCUGCCCACCGAGAACGAACUGACUUUCAAUGCUGAAGAAUACUCUGAUAUUUCCGAGAUGCGCUCUCUGUCAGAGCUCUUGGGCCCGUACGGUAUGAAGUUUCUCAGUGAGAGCCUGAUGUGGCACAUCUCGUCUCAGGUUGCUGAGCUGAAGAAACUGGUGGUAGAAAACAUGGAGGUGUUGACUCAGAUGAGGACGAGCUUUGACAAACCAGACCACAUGGCUGCACUCUUCAAGAAACUCACCUCUGUGGACAGUGUUUUGAAGAGAAUGACCAUUAUUGGGGUCAUUUUGUCCUUCCGCUCGCUCGCUCAGGAGGCUCUGAGAGAUGUUUUGUCCUGUCACAUUCCUUUCCUGGUCAGCUCAGUGGAGGAUUUCAAGGACCACAUUCCCCGAGAGACGGACAUGAAGGUGGCCAUGAACGUUUACGAGCUGUCCUCAGCAGCAGGUUUGCCCUGUGAGAUCGACCCGGCUCUGGUGGUGGCCCUUUCCUCUCAAAAGAGCGAGAACAUCAGCCCAGAGGAGGAGUAUAAGAUCGCCUGUCUGCUCAUGGUCUUCGUGGCUGUUUCUUUGCCAACGCUCGCCAGCAACGUGAUGUCACAGUACAGCCCCGCCAUAGAAGGCCACUGUAACAACAUCCACUGCCUGGCCAAAGCUAUCAACCAGAUCGCUGCUGCUCUCUUCACCAUCCACAAGGGAAGCAUAGAGGACCGCCUCAAAGAGUUCCUGGCUCUGGCCUCAUCCAGCCUGCUGAAGAUCGGUCAGGAAACGGACAAGAUGACGACGCGCAACAGAGAAUCAGUCUACCUGCUGCUGGACAUGAUUGUGCAGGAGUCUCCCUUCCUGACCAUGGACCUGCUCGAGUCCUGUUUCCCUUAUGUCCUGUUGCGAAACGCCUACCACGCCGUCUAUAAACAGAGCAUCAGCGCUAAUGCAUAAAGACGCACACUAACCACACAGCGAAGGCAUACCUUACAGUGUGCCAUUGAAUGGGGACACAGACAAAACAAAUACACACUACCAGAGUACACUAAAUCCAGACUAAACACACUAAUCUAUGCCUACAAAGCCUCAGCAUAUUCAGACAAAAAAAAAAAAAGCGACACUGUC